CUGCUGCUCUCGUGGCUCCAUCCAGCUUGGCCCUGUCAAUCAAUCAAACGGCUCGCAGCUCCCAGUCGUCCGUCUCGUCUCCUCUUCCCAUCCCUUCCCAUCAUCCCGCUGCCGCUUCUCGCUAUUCUGCCCCCUGUUGCCUCCAUUAAUUUGUUCCAAGCCGGCAACAGGCACAGACGACGCCGAGUCCAAGCUCACCACAUUCGUAUCCCUUCACCACCUUCCCCAAGAGUUCGUCUCCAUUGACGCCGCCAUCCCCUCGCCAAUCUCACUCGCCAACUCGCAUACCUUCUAUUGAUCCCCCCACGUGUCCAACGACCUCGUCCUAGCCAUAUCGUCGGCCUUGCGACACCGUUCACAGUCGUCGUUUCAACGCCCUUCCCCUAUCGCCCACAUGCAUCGAGCGUUUUGCUCAUAACACCGUAUUCAGUCCCAGAGAACUACACCCCCCGUCCCUUCCUCUCCGUCUUGCGCCUGCAGCGGCUUGCCAACACGAUACCGCCGCAAUGGUUGCGCCAGCCGUGCCUGAGCUCACCGAGGAGAUUCUUCAUGAAUCAGUUGACGCUCGAUCCGAAUCCCUUAUUUCCCUUCGCGAGCUUGGCCCUCCCGAUCUUGUCCACCUCUUGAAGCAUUCUACAAGAAACCCUGGCAAGCAGAUCGGAGUCUACCAUCAUGUCACCGGUGUCGAUGCAUCCUCUUCGGCCAGUCUUGCUGCCUACAUCAAUACCUUGACUUACCGCGAGCAUGGCCAGGCCGCGCAAACCAAGAUCUCGGAGGGCUUGUACUGCUGUUACAACGCCUUCUCACGACUUGACAUGCGAGUCCACGUAACGAUACCCGGAACUGUCGAGAGCUAUUGCGUGGACGAACGAGGCGAUAAGCGCAAGGCUACGGAUGACCUGUGGCUGGAGACCUACCUCUGCAGCGUGCUGCGAGCCUACUCUUAUGCCGACGAUGGAAGCGGAGAGACCAUUCGCAAGAUCAUGGGCGUGCGCAGAUUCAACCCCGUCACCAACACCGAAACCGAACAUCGUUUUCUCAACGCCGCCGAACAGCUGUUCUUCAGAGGUUGGCAACUCGGUUCCGACAGUGUCGUUCAAGUGCCGAACAAUGUCUCGAACCAUCUGACCGCCGGCCUCCUCAAGUACUUCCAGACGACGGGGCGCUACGCCUCCGGUAUCAACCUCUUUGAAAAGCUCAGGGAUCAGAACGUUGAGGUUUCUUCCCUUCUGGCCAAGGUUUUGUUCAUGGGCAACGAGGAGGUAGAGGGCGUCAGAGUGCUCCACCAGGCGCUGAAAGAAUCACCCAUGGACUAUGUCAUGCUCGACACCCAAGCCGAAUUCCUUCUCAAGAAGGCGCAAACUGCCACAACCCCUGAACAGAAAGAAGAGAGACUUCGCUUGGCUCUGGGCUGUGCCGAUCGCAGCACCAUUGCCGCCCCGAGUGAAUUCGGCACCUGGGCGCGCUUGGCCCAGGUCUACGUGGCAAUGGAGGACUGGGAGAACGCCCUCACCAUCCUCAAUUCUUGCCCAAUGUUCACUUAUCAGGACAAGGACGCGCCCCAGAUGCCGGAACCCAAGGACGUUCAUCUGCCGACCCUCCCCGAGACUCGAUUGGACGAGAUUGACAGCGAGCCCGAGUCCAGGUACUCGGAGCAGGUGGAUGCGAGUCUCCUGAACCUGCGAGCUGCGGUUUAUAAAGGAACCUUCAAGCAGGCGUAUGGCAUUCUGACGGAGAUGACGUCUAAGAUCGGAUGGGACCAGCUCCUCAAGAUCCGAAGCACUGUGUUUGUGAUGGAAGACGAGUACCGUUCCGAGAAGCACGAGACAUCGCAGCCUCAACGUAACCCAAGCACGGAUGGCCUUCGCGGAACUCCUGACCCCACGACGAACGGCGACCAGUCAGACUCGGAGAAGGAUGACGACGAAGAUGACGACGAGAAGCCCAAACCGGCAGACACCGAGUCAACUGCCGAGACGUUGGCGACAAAUGGGCAGGCGGAGGGCGAACCCGUCGAGAAGCCCACACACGCGAUAGAUCCCGGCGAACUGAAGGGGGAUGCGGAAAACGGCGCACAGACAGAUGAUCAUCUCUCCAAGCUCAACAACAAACGCCUUUGUGAACGCUGGCUGGACAGCCUGUUCAUGGUUCUGUACGAGGACCUCCGCGUUUACACGAUUUGGCGCACACAGAUGGCCCAGUACAGGGCGCAGUCAAUGCAGUAUAAAAAGUCUGCUGAGGAAUGGGAGAUUCUCGGGUCUCUGGCCGAGAGACUGCAGCACGCAGACGAGGCCGUCGAGGCGUACAGGGCUUGCCUCGCCGCACGGUUCAGCCCCAAAGCUUUGACGGGUAUCCUCCGUGUAUUCGAACAGAACAAGAACACGCGCGAGACGGUUGCGUCAGUCAUCCGCCUAGUCACCUGGCAGUACAGGUGGUACUCGGAGUUCUCUCCGGAACUCCUCCAUACUAUCCGGACGCUCAUUGAGGACGAAGGCGCGGUCAAGGUCAGGAGCAUCAUUCAAGCCACGAGCCUGCCGCAAGAAGUACUCGAUCUCACUCACCACUACGCCGCGCUCUGUGCCACUUUCCGCAGCAGCGGCACCGAUGGUUAGGUGUGGUCCAUAUCAUGAAGUAGAAGCCGAGCCUAUGCAGUUGACGAGAUAGGGGGCAUUUUAUGGUUCGGUAUUUUUAUCCGCAGGCGAGACUUGAAGGAGUUUAACUUGGGUGCUCAUGCGUCGUACCAUCACGACAUGUGUUGCUUUCCAAUGCGUUGGUGCGCUAUGUUGAGAUUUUCUAAAACAAAAAAGCAUAAGCCAUCGCUAUUGAGGCACAGAAACUGUAAUUCAAAGACGAAUGAUACCUUGUUUGCCACU